CAAAACUUUGGCUGCAGUCGGUUCCACGUUGAGACAACCUUGACGUCUCACACAACAAGUGCCUCACAAUGACGGGUGCAGCGCGAGCUGACCAGUGGCUUGCCGCUGCCGUGGCCUCAAAGAAGUUUGAGAGGCCGGAUGCGGUUGUUGCGAAGAACCAAGUGGUUUCAGAAGAAAUCCACCGCCAAGUGGACAUGGAUAUGGCCAGGACAUACUCUAAGAUGUUGUUUGGCCACCAGGCUCCGGAGAAUGAAGUGGUACACAGGCGACAGCAGGUGACCAAUUUGAUGAUCAAAUGGCUUGAGGGUGAGGAGACCCUGACAUACAUGCAGGGGAUGAAUCAUGUGAUGGCCACAUGUUUCCGAGAAAUCGGCGAAGAGAAUGCAGCAAUGAAGGUCUUUGACCAUGUGAUCCGCCAGGCCGACGAAAACCUUUUCCACUCGGAUGGCGACAAAUUUUUUGCUGCCAAUCAGGGCUUGGCGGAAAAGUUGCGUGAGAUGAUUGGAAAAGAAAGUCCCAAAGUGGCCGAAAGGCUAGCAGAAGGGGACAUUGACUACUUGCCGAUGCUUGUACAGAACUGGCUUAUUGACAUUUUCCUGCACGUGCUGCCCACAGAAGCAGAUAUGACCCUCCAUUUCCUGAGUGGCUGUACUCAGUUCAUCUGCAACUGGAGAGACUGAGGGAGCUGGGACCAGAUGCCACCAAAGGACCCAGCCUGUCCGAGCUCCUGGAGAUCCCCGAUUACCGAGUGGGCUGAAGACAACGACUACGACAUGAAGGUUGGAGAGCGGAGUGAGGAGUAUUUUGAUUAUAAGUGGGGAGAAGAGCUCGAUGAUGAAGGUGAGGGGCGCAUCCUAGACGACUUUGACGAUGAAGCAUAUGAAGAUGAGGAUGACUUCAGCGAAGAAGCCUUGGAACGUCGCUGGGAAGACUUUGAUGAUGAUGACGAUUUUGAGGAUAGUGAAGUCACCAAGGA